AUGGACCACGACCAGCCGUCUCCCCCUGAUCAUUUUCCCCCUGAUCAACUUAUCUCUUCUGCUGCUACUAGUGCCUCUGACGCUGCGAUGGCUGCUAUGGUCGCGAAUGGGAGCGCGACGAAUAUGCCCGGGGGGCCCCUGGGCGGCGUCAACAAGCGGUACAGACCCGCUCCAGCAAAGACCUUUCAGUGCCGUGGCUACGGCGAGUGUCGCAUGGUUUUCUCCAGGAGCGAGCAUCUCGCAAGGCACAUCCGCAAGCAGUUCUCGCGGCUGGACAACCUCCGGCAGCACGCGCAGACGGUGCAUGCGGACAAGCAGGAGCAGAACGAGCGUAUGAUGCGCGACCUCACCUCGCUGCACGCUACCAUGGCCGCGCAGAACAAGGCCGGCGGCGCCGCUGCCCGCUCUGCCCGCCGGCCCCCUAUCUCCUCCUCCUCCUCCUCGCUGCAGUCGCCGGUGGGGAACGGCAACGGGAAUGGCCACGGGCUGUCGCCGAUGCACGAGCAGGACGACGCGAUGAUGAUCAAGCAGGAGGAGAUGGGCCCGCUGCCGAUGCAUCAUCACCAUCACCAACAACACCAACGCCCCGGAACGAGCCUGGGCAACGAGGGCGGGGACAGCGCGAUGAUGUACUGGCAGGACGAACAGCGGCGGCACAACCAUUCCUUUCGUGGCCCCAGCCAGUCCUUUCUUGCCCCCUCAUCGUCCACCUCACCCAUCUCACCUUCCUCCCCCCACCCAGCAGCUGGCACCGCAGCCCAGUCCCAUUCCUUUCGAGCCUUCACCAGCAGCUCAAGUAUCCCCGCCGCCGGGCCCGCCACAGCGUCGGGCGCCACCGAAUCUGCAGCUGGUCCUCCCGCCGACCCGCAUGCACGAUCUCUCCCGCCGCUCGCUGCAGUCGUCUCCGCUUCCCUCCCCUCACCACCACUCCCUCCUCACACCACAUACUCAACAUCCUCACCAUCCUCAUCAACAGCUCCCACAUCCUCAUCAUCAGCAGCACAUGGGGCCUCCCACCAUCCUGCUUACCCCGCCCAUCUCAGAGGAGAACAGCACGUACUUUCCUUUCCCGGCCAUGCCGCCGCCUCAGCAGGCUCGCAGUACCAGCAGCAAUCCCAGUACCCCAGUUACCCUCACCUCGACCUCCUCCGCCGCCCAGGGACAGCCACCCGCCCCGGCACAGCGCCCGCCGCCGUCGCGUCUGCAUUCUCGUUCUUCGCCGCGCGGCCUCUAUCCUCCCAUGGGCUCGCAUCCGCAGCAGCAGCCAAUGCAAAUGCAAGUUCCAAUGCAAGUUCCAAUGCACAUGCAAAUGCCCAUGGACAUGGGCAUGGACAUGGACAUGCCAAUGGAGCUGGGCAUGGCGGAUUGGGCAGCAGCGGCGGCGGACGUCCAGAGUUAUCCCUCUUACACUCCGGAUUUGGCCGGCCCGGUACCGGGUCCGGCUCCGGGGGAUUUGGGUUGGGAGGAUAUGAGCGGGCGAGGGAGGCAGGAGGAGGAGGAGCGGGAGGAGGCGCGGGAGGAGGAGGAGGAGAGCAGCCGACGAGUCCCGGUGCAGGGCCCGACGCCUCCCCUUUUUUCUUCCACCCUCCACCCCCAGACCCAAGUCCCGCUCCGGCCUCUUCAUCCGCAACAGCAUCAGCAGCAGCAGUACAUGGAGUAUCUCCAUCUCCAAGCGCACAUGCAGCAGCAGGGUCAGGGACAGGGACAGGGAACCCGCGGAAACGCGCGUUCGGCGGGCCAGAUGGCCCGUUCGAGUAUGAGCGCGACCGCGAACAUGGGCAUGCUUCGCCAUCAUCAGCAACAGGGACAGGGCUCACCACUUUCAGCCUCGCCUCCCACCAGUACCACCAGCCAGGAUCGGGACCAGGAGCGGGAUCGGGAGCGGGAUCGGGACAGGGACAGGGAUACGACUACGGCGCCGAGUCCCGUCCCGCCUCGCGCCGCCUCUCCGUCAUGGAGCUCUGCAACGACGACGGCGACGGGAGCGGCAACGAUCUCGUUCGACCUACGUCGUCCCGCGGACUUGAGUUUGUUGGAGGGUCGGGAGCGGGAGCGGGAGGGGGGUUCGCCGCGGGCUCUGGAGCGUUUUUAUUAUCCGCCUCAGCAGCAGCUGCUGCGGGAGGAGGGUUUGGGAGACCGACGAGCUCGCGCGGGCUCGGGUUCGCCAGUAGUGGAGGGGGUGGAUUCGGCGGAGGCGGAGGCGGAGGGAGCGGAGGGAGCAGACCGACUACUGCGAGUGGCCUCGGGCUCGUCUCGUCCACUUCGGGACUGCACAUCUUCGACGAGCCCGCGUCUUCUUGCUCUUCAGGCUCCGGGUCCAGCUCCGGGUCUGGCUCAGGCGCGGGGGCGGGGUCAGGGAGAGAUAGAGAGAGGGAUUCAGGGUACUUCUCCUCCUAUAGCUCUGGACGGCCUGGGAGCGGGUUUGGCGGUGGAUCCGGAGGCGGGGGCGGGGGCGGGGGGCGAGGGUUUGGGUUUGGGGUUGGAGGAGGACAUGGGCAUGGGCAUGGCGCGGGAAGUGUCAGCCCGCCGCCUUUCGCUGGCGUGCAUCAACACCUCCUCCUCGCGCAGCAGCAACAGCAACAGCAGCAGCAGUCCGCCCAAUCGUCCGGAGCAGGGUCAGGGUCGGGAAGGGGGGAGUCCGAGUCAGAUGCACCAGCAGCAGGCUCAGCAGCAGGCUCAGCAAAUGCAGUAUUCGGACGCGCUGAGGCGGCAGCAGGAGGCGCAGUAUUUGGUGUAUCAUCAGCAUCAGGCUCAAGCCCAGGCGCAGGUGCAGGUGCAGGCGCAGAUGGUGGAUCUCCACAACCAGCAGCAGCAGCAGCAGCAGAGGGAAGAGGAGUUUUACCAGCCUCAUCAUCCUCCGGCUAUGACGCCUCUCCUCGCCUCUCAGGGCCAGGGGCAGGGGCGUAUGGGUCCGCCUUCGCAUCCCCUACCAUCUCAUCCGCAUCAGCAUCAGGUUUCGCAGCAGCACACGGGGCAUAUGCAAACGCACGCUCGCCAGCAUCCGCAUCCGCAUCCGUAUCUAGCUCAUCGCCCACGCCCUCUGCAUCGCCUACCCCCACGCCGCGCGUCGUUGCCCGGCAGCUCCUCCGCGAGCGCGAGCGCGAGCGGGAGUUUGGACGUGAGCGUGAACGAGAGCGCGAGCGGGAUAGGGAGGAGUAUGCGCAUAGGUGGAGAGAGCAGCGUCAGCCCGAGUACGAGCGUGAGUGGGAUGGGGAGAGGGAGAGGGAAGGGAGCGAGUCCGCGGCGUCUUCCCCCGUCGCCGCUAGGUUUCGAGCAGCAUCAGGAGAGCGAGAUGAGGAGCACCAACAGCAGCAGCAGCAGCAGCAGCAGCAGCAACAACAGGGUAUAGGACCGAUGGGGUAUGAGUAUGAGUACGAGUACGAGUUUGAUGCGCCGAGGUUUGAUGAGCAUCCACAUCCACACCACCAGCAGCAGUAUAGUGCUAGCCCGCACCACCAGCAGUUCAGUGCUAGCCCGCAUCAGCAGCAGUUCAGCAGCAGCGUCAGCGUCAGUCCACAUGCGCAUCAGCAGGGGUUCAGUAAUAGCGUCAGCGUCAGUCCACAUGCACAUCAACAGGGUUUCAGCAAUAGCGUCAGCCCACAUGCGCAUCAGCAGGCGUUUGUAGAUGCGCAUGGACAUGCGCAUGGGAGCGGGAGCCCGCAGUUUGUGGAACCGCCUUUUGUGCCGUUUGAUGAGAUGGAUAUGAAUGUUGGUGCGAUGGGACAGCAUUCGCAUCCGCAUCAUCUUCGUCAACAGCAGCAGCAGAUUCAGCAGCAGCAGCAGCAGGCGUCGUCGUUUGAUAUGGUUGGCAUGGACGUUGGUGUUGGGCCUGGUGUUGGUGUAGGAGUUGGUAUGGGCGCGGGUAUGGACAUGGGCUUGGGUAUGGGUAUGGAUAUGGGCAUGGUGAAUGUCAAAUUUGAAGCUGGGCUUACGCCGCCUUCGUUUAUUCGUAUUAGUACAAAACCCACCUUUGCGCCUUGA